ACAACAUUUCAAUUUUAGUGUUAGAAGUCAAAACUCAAAAGUAAAAAAGAAAAAGCUUAAUUUCUUAUCCCUGGCUUCAAGGCGAAUGUGGCAGCCAAUGCGCGAAGGCCUAUGACUGCUGUGGUGCUGUUACGCUGUUUGGACUACAGUAGCGCGAUUUGCGUUGCUUUAACUGUAGAUGAGAUGAAAGCAUAGAGCUGCAGUUGGCAGAUGACCUGGACAAAGCAUAGUGAGGAAUUGCCCAUCGGUUAUUGCUGCUAAUCUUCAUCGUGAGGAAGAGAAGGCAGGUGUGGGUGAUUGGUUCCUCCUUGCAAGAGAUUUUAAGAAUUGUUCAUACUAUGGGUGUCCCCUCAGCUUUGAUCCAGGGUUCCAUUUAUAAGUGCCUUACCCAAGGACAAUUUAUGGCGGCACAGGAGGAGGAAGAGAAGGAUACAAAAAAUUUGGAGAGGUUGUGAUAGGUUGGAAUUUGGUCAUGGUGCUGUAUAGGGAGUAGGGGACUAUUGUAAUGCCUCUUCUUGCUCUUCCUUAACUUUUGGUGUUGUAGGUGCAAGCACUUAGAGUUUAUGGAUGUUUAGAUAGGGUGACUCUUUUCUUUGGCGUCUAAACAUUCCUACAAUGCUUAUUAGUAUAGGAGACUCUUAAUAUUUAACUGACUCAUUUGAAUGGGUCACAUAUCUCCACCAAAAAAAAAGAAAAAAGGGAAUAGGUC